AUGCGGUCUGUUAGUGCGGUAUCAAUCCCGGCUGCCAAUCACAGUCUAGACAGAUCCCCCAACCUCCCCCACACGUCAGCUACCAAGGUACAAGAAUACAACAGUCUGUUAGUGCGGUAUCAAUCCCGGCUGCCAAUCACAGUCCAGACAGAUCCCCCCACCUCCCCUACACGUCAGCUACCAAGGUCUGUUAGUGCGGUAUCAAUCCCGGCUGCCAAUCACAGUCUAGACAGAUCCUCCACCUCCCCCACACGUAAGCUACCAAGGUCUGUUAGUGCGGUAUCAAUCCCGGCUGCCAAUCACAGUCUAGACAGAUCCUCCACCUCCCCCACACGUAAGCUACCAAGGUCUGUUAGUGCGGUACCAAUCCCGGCUGCCAAUCACAGUCUAGACAGAUCCUCAACCUCCCCCACACGUCAGCUACCAAGGUCUGUUAGUGCAGUAUCAAUCCCGGCUGCCAAUCACAGUCUAGACAGAUCCCCCACCUCCCCUACACGUCAGCUACCAAGGUCUGUUAGUGUGGUAUCAAUCCCGGCUGCCAAUCACAGUCUAGACAGAUCCUCCACCUCCCCUACACGUCAGCUACCAAGGUCUGUUAGUGCGGUAUCAAUCCCGGCUGCCAAUCACAGUCUAGACAGAUCCCCCACCUCCCCUACACGUCAGCUACCAAGGUCUGUUAGUGCGGUAUCAAUCCCGGCUGCCAAUCACAGUCUAGACAGAUCCCCCACCUCCCCUACACGUCAGCUACCAAGGUCUGUUAGUGCGGUAUCAAUCCCGGCUGCCAAUCACAGUCUAGACAGAUCCUCCACCUCCCCCACACGUCAGCUACCAAGGUCUGUUAGUGCGGUAUCAAUCCCGACUGCCAAUCACAGUCUAGACAGAUCCCCCCAGCUCCCCCACACGUCAGUCACCAAGAGAGUUCGGUUGGAGCUCAGUCCUAAGGCUGCGCGUGUGUCUUAUACGUACACUGACUUGAUGCGGCACUACAAUCUACAGCUAGUGGAGCCACCUGGUGGUCGAGGCAGUCAGUACGGUGGUGGUAGUGGGUCACCAGGCCCCGUGUAUCCCCCCAGUGCCGGGUCCCCAGCAGGUCCGGGUCCUACACCUCCUCAGCAGUACCCUCCGUACCCUCACAGGUACCCUUCCCUGUACCCCGCGUCACCCUCGACACUUUCGCAGCAGCCACAGACCAGGCCGCCCUUCCCCGCACACCAGGAGGAAAAAAAGAAGGAGGAGAGGAAGAAGGAAGAAAAUAAGGAAAAGGUGGAAGAAGAAGAGAGGGUAAAGGAAGAAGAAGAGAAAAAGGAGGAAGAAGAGGAAAAGGAAGAGGAAAAGGAGAAGGAAGAGGAAAAGGAAGAGGAAGAGGAGGAAAAGGAGGAAGAGAAGGAGGAGAAGGAUGCCCAAUUCAAGUAA